CUUCAGAUGCCCUAAGAAAGAAAAUCCUGCUUGUUCAGCAAGUCUUUCAAAUUUAUCUUCUCCACUAUAAAAAGGAGUAAAAACCCCAAUUAAACCACAGCAAAGCAAAAAUGGCGGCCAUCGGAAAAUUUUCUCUUCUGGCGGCGAGGAUCCCCACUAACCUUCUUACCAGAGAUCUCUCCCGGAACUUGCGUCUUUCUCCGAGCUUUUUCUUCCGCAGAUAUGAACCGUACACUCGAGUCUUAAGCUUAAGCAUCAGCACCAAAGCUAACAAUGAACCCACUGCAAUUCAGGCCAAACAUGAAAUACCCAGCUUGAAGACCCACUCCAGAAAGCUCGACAUGAAUACCAACCUGACGGCGACCGAAAAACACGAUAGUGCCAUACUAAUCAUAUGCAAAGUCUGUGGGGCACGAUCUCUCAAGACCAUGGCUGGCGAUUCAUACAAGAAAGGCAUUGUUAUUGCCAAGUGUGAUGCCUGUAACAAUUUUCAUGUUAUUGCUGAUAAAUUGGGAUUGUUUGGGGAGUCUGGUAUUGUUAGUGUGGAGGACUUUUUGGCUGCUCGUGGGGAGGAAAUCAAGAACGGAAGAGGUCCGUGUGGCACUGUGAACCUGAUGCCAAAAAAACUACCCACAAAAACAAGCAAGGCAAAAACCAAGGGAAAAAAGAAGGAUCUUGCUGGAAAUAAAGAAACUUAGUAGGUGUAUUAGGUUGGUGUAGUAUGGGCCAAGAAUUUACAUAUUAUUGACUCGGUCCUUUAUGGCGACUUGUUAUGUUUUGAGCUCUGUUCGACUUUAUGUUUAUUUAUGCAAGAUAUGCUUCUCUCCUUGAUGGUUUGGUGAUAUUCAAAUAAUUGUCAGGUUGAUAUGAACUAUUUGUUGAUAUUGUUUUCGAAUUGGAGGUUGUGGAAUGUUGUGGAAAUGCAUGUCAUAGAUGGAAUAUACCAUCAUAGACAUGUUUUAAAGAAUACUUGUAAUCGGGUUGUGUGCAGGAAAAUGUGCUUUAGCUUUCAUGUUCAUGGAAGGAGAGAUCGGUAUUAAUCUAUCAAAUCUUGGCAAGAGGAGUUAUGUAUAACAGUGUGGAUUUGAUCAAAUCUUGG